UUUUUCCGCCAUGGCCCAUGAAUUUAUGGGUUCUUUUCAUUAAUAUUAUAAAUAGGGGUCUGUGUUGUCGAACUCCAAAGCGUAACCACGUCACAAAUUCGCUCUGGUUUUCUUGAAUGCUCGCCGAGACUUGUACAAAGCAACCAGCAAACGCAGCUGAGUGAGGCUCCAAAAUUCGAUCAUGGCCGACCCUAAACCUAAGCUAGCUCGUAUGCCCAGCAUUAGAGAGCGUGUCGAGGACACCCUCUCUGCUCAUCGCAAUGAACUCGUUUCUCUUCUUUCCAGGUAUGUGGCGCAAGGAAAAGGAAUUUUGCAACCGCAUCACUUGAUCGAUGAGGUGGACAAUGUCAUUAGCGAUGACCAAGCAAGGCUGAAGCUCAGUGACGGUCCGUUUGGAGAAGUCAUAAGAUCCGCACAGGAAGCGAUUGUCCUGCCUCCAUUUGUGGCUAUAGCUGUUCGGCCAAGACCUGGUGUUUGGGAAUAUGUUCGUGUUAAUGUCUAUGAGCUCAGUGUUGAACAAUUGAGUGUUUCUGAAUAUCUUCAUUUCAAAGAAGAACUUGUUGAUGGGGAGACUAGCGAUAAUUUUGUACUUGAGCUCGAUUUUGAGCCAUUCAAUGCAAGUUUUCCUCGCCCCACCCGAUCUUCAUCCAUUGGCAAUGGUGUUCAAUUCCUUAACCGCCACCUUUCUUCAAGGAUGUUUCGUAGCAAAGACUCCUUGGAACCAUUACUUGAUUUCCUUCGAGCACACAAAUAUAAAGGACAUGCGUUAAUGUUGAAUGAUCGUAUACCAAGCAUAUCCCGACUUCAGUCUGCUUUAUCCAAGGCUGAGGAUUAUCUUUCUAAGCUUUCACCUCAGACACCGUAUUCUGAGUUUGAAUAUUCACUACAAGGAAUGGGUUUUGAGAAAGGUUGGGGAGAUACUGCAGCACGGGUGUUGGAGAUGAUGCAUCUUCUCUCAGAUAUCCUUCAGGCUCCUGAUCCUUCAAUAUUGGAGACAUUCCUUGGAAGAGUACCUAUGGUAUUUAAUGUUGUUAUUUUGUCUCCACAUGGAUACUUUGGGCAAGCAAAUGUUUUAGGUUUGCCUGACACUGGUGGGCAGGUUGUUUAUAUACUGGAUCAAGUACGUGCUCUGGAAAGCGAGAUGCUUCUUAGAAUUCAGAAGCAAGGAUUGGAUAUUACUCCUCGAAUUCUAAUUGUUACCAGGUUAAUACCUGAUGCAAAAGGGACUACAUGCAAUCAACGUCUAGAAAGGGUCAGUGGAACAGAAUACACACAUAUUUUGCGAGUUCCUUUCAGAUCAGAGAAAGGAAUUCUUCGUAAGUGGAUCUCAAGGUUUGAUGUAUGGCCUUAUCUAGAGACCUUUGCAGAGGAUGCAGCUAGUGAAAUUGCUGCUGAGUUGCAGGCAUUUCCUGAUUUUAUAAUUGGAAACUACAGUGAUGGCAAUCUUGUUGCAUCUUUGUUGGCUUAUAAAAUGGGAGUUACUCAGUGCACCAUUGCACAUGCAUUGGAGAAAACAAAAUAUCCAGAUUCAGAUAUAUACUGGAAAAAAUUCGAGGAUAAAUACCACUUCUCAUGUCAAUUCACUGCUGACCUAAUAGCCAUGAAUAAUGCAGAUUUUAUAAUCACCAGCACAUAUCAAGAGAUUGCAGGAACGAAGAAUACUGUUGGACAGUAUGAGAGCCACUCAGCCUUCACUCUUCCUGGCCUCUAUCGAGUUGUUCAUGGUAUCGAUGUUUUUGAUCCAAAGUUCAAUAUUGUAUCUCCUGGAGCAGAUAUGUGCAUUUAUUUCCCUUACUCUGAGAAGCAGAAAAGACUUACCGCACUACAUGGUUCCAUAGAAAAAAUGCUAUAUGGUUCCGAGCAGAACGAUGAAUAUAUUGGCUUAUUGAGUGAUCAAUCCAAGCCCAUAAUCUUUUCCAUGGCAAGGCUGGAUAGGGUGAAGAAUAUAACAGGGUUGGUUGAGUGCUAUGCUAAGAAUGGAAAACUGAGGGAACUAGCAAACCUCGUUGUUGUAGCUGGCUACAAUGAUGUGAAGAAGUCAAAAGACAGAGAAGAAAUUGCAGAAAUUGAGAAGAUGCAUGACCUUAUUAAGAUGUACAACUUACAUGGUCAUUUUCGGUGGAUAUCAGCCCAAACUAACCGAGCACGUAAUGGUGAACUGUAUCGUUACAUAGCUGACACAAAAGGUGUUUUUGUCCAGCCUGCUUUCUAUGAAGCCUUUGGACUCACUGUCGUGGAGGCCAUGACAUGUGGCCUUCCAACAUUUGCCACUUGCCAUGGUGGACCUGCUGAGAUUAUCGAGGAUGGCAUUUCUGGAUUCCAUAUUGAUCCUUACCAUCCUGAUCAUACUUCUCAACUUCUGGUAGAAUUCUAUGAAAAGUGCAAGGAGGAUCCUAGCUACUGGAAUAAAAUCUCAGAAGCAGGCCUUCAAAGAAUAUAUGAAAGGUAUACAUGGAAGAUUUACUCUGAAAGGCUAAUGACUUUGGCGGGUGUAUAUGGUUUCUGGAAAUAUGUUUCAAAGCUUGAGAGGCGUGAGACCCGAAGAUAUCUUGAGAUGUUCUAUAUUCUUAAAUUCCGUGAUUUGGCAAAGUCUGUUCCUCAUGUAAGUGAAGAUCCACAUUAAAGCUAUGAAAAGUAUCCAGCUGUGUUGCUCAUAAGCCCGAGACUUCACAUGGUAAUAGGAGCAUAUACAUAAAUAAAAUUUUGCUUGUAUGGGUAUAGAAAUCCAUCUUUCUUUGUUGUAUGGGUGUGAGCUGUGACUUGUGAAGCCCCUUUUUCAUAUUAAAUACCAGAAAUAAGAUUCAUCCAGGCUGAUCUGAGUGUAUAUUUUUUCCCUUUAAAAAUUCCAUCCCUUCCAUGUAAAACUAACAAAAAUGUUAAAAAAACCUUGCUGAUGGUGCAUACUUCCAUCAAUCUUGGACUGCUGUUUUGCCGAAUCACAUGAAUUUCAUUAUUUUCUAUGGUAA